AUGAGCCUAAGGAGGCUUUUUCAGUCCUCGUAUCUCCAGGAGGCUUGGAGGGCAGCCUUCUGGAAGCACCGAUGGCCACACUCUGGAGGGGGCACGUACAGAGCAGUGAUUUUUGACAUGGGUGGCGUUCUCAUUCCUUCUCCAGGGAAAGUGGCUACAGAAUGGGAGGGCCAGAACCACCUCCCUUCUGGAACCAUAUUGAAGUCUUUCAUCGCUGGCGGGGACAGUGGACCCUGGAUGAAGUUUAUGAAAGCAGAGAUAACGCCAGAGGAUUUCUUACAAGAAUUUGGGAAACUGUGUUCUGAAAUGUCACAGACCUCCGUGCCCGUGGAAUCGUUUUUCUCUCUGCUGACCAGUGGACGAGUGGCCAAGCAGUUCCCAGUGAUGACUGCAGCCAUAGCCCAGAUUCGGGCAAAAGGCCUUCAGACGGCAGUCUUGACCAAUAAUUUUUAUCUUCCCAAUGGGAAAAGCUUUUUGCCCCUGGACCGGAACCAGUUUGAUGUGGUUGUGGAAUCCUGUUUGGAAGGCAUCUGUAAGCCUGACCCCACGAUCUAUAAACUGUGCUUGGAGAGGCUUCACGUGCAGCCCUCCGAGUGCAUCUUUCUUGACGACCUCGGACCAAAUCUAAAAGCAGCGGCCAGCCUUGGUAUUCAUACUGUGAAGGUUAAUGACCCAGAAACUGCUGUCAAGGAAUUAGAAACUCUUUUGGGUUUUAUGCUGAGAAUGGUUCCAAACACUUGCCCUGUGAGAAAGACAAUGGAAAUUCCAAAAGAUUCCUUGGAGAAGUACCUCAAAGGCUUACUGGGGACCCAGACCACAGGUCCGUUGGAACUCCUCCAGUUCGAUCAUGGGCAGUCAAACCCAACUUACUACGUCAGGCUGGCUGACCACAGACUGGUUCUGAGGAAGAAGCCCCCAGGGAAACUGCUUCCAUCAGCCCAUGCGGUAGAAAGGGAAUUCAGGAUCCUGAAAGCCCUUUCCAAUGUUGGAGUGCCUGUUCCCAAAGUCCUUGAUCUUUGUGAAGAUUCAAGUGUCCUUGGCACCCCCUUCUAUUUGAUGGAGUACUGCCCUGGCCUUAUCUACAAAGACCCCUCUCUGCCUGGCAUGGAGCCCAGCAAGAGACGGGCCAUCUACACUGCCAUGAACAGAGUCUUGUGCCAGAUUCACAGUGUGGACCUCACAGCUGCAGGCCUGGGAGACUAUGGCAGACAAGGGGACUACAUUCAGCGCCAGGUGCAGACCUGGAGCAAGCAGUACCGUGCCUCAGAGACCAGCAGCAUCCCAGCCAUGGAGAGGCUCAUUGAGUGGCUGCCAUGCCAUCUUCCCAAGCAGCAGAGGGCCACUGUGGUACACGGGGACUUCAGGCUUGACAACCUGAUCUUCCAUCCAGAGAAGACGGAGGUGCUUGCUGUUCUGGACUGGGAGCUGUCAACCUUGGGUGACCCCCUAGCUGAUGUGGCUUACAGCUGCCUGCCUCACUACCUGCCGCCAGGUUUCCCAGUGCUUCCAGGUUUGAGUGGCUGUGACUUGACCCAGCUGGGAAUCCCAACAGCAGAGGAGUACUUCAGGACCUACUGUCUUCACAUGGGGAUCCCUCCCAUUGAGAACUGGAACUUCUACAUGGCUUUCUCCUUUUUCCGUGUGGCCGCCAUCCUGCAGGGAGUCUACAAGCGCUCGCUCAAAGGACAAGCCAGCUCAGCAAAGGCUGACCAGAGCGGGAGCCUGACGGAAAUGAUGUCUAACCUGGCGUGGGAGUUUGCUGUUAAAGAAGGGUUCCGAGUUUUCACAGAGAUGCCACCCAAAAAGCCAUCGCUGAGGUCCUUCCACACCCGGGCUGCCUCACAGACCCUGCUGAGCAUCACAGGCACGAGGAGUUAUGCCUCCUUUGCACAGCCCUCACGGGGUGUCCUGGCCAUCUCUCCCGAGGGCCUCUCGCAGCCAGUCAGAGAGCUGUACCACCGGCUGAAGCAGUUCAUGGAGCAGCGUGUAUACCCUGUGGAGCAAGAGCUGCGGGACCAUCAGGCCUCAGCAGAGCGGUGGACACCGUCCCCACUGACCGAGGCCCUCAAGGAAAAAGCCAAGGCCGAAGGACUCUGGAACCUCUUCCUACCCUUGGAGACCGACCCCGAGAAGAAGUAUGGGGCAGGCCUGACCAACGUCGAAUAUGCACACUUGUGUGAACUCAUGGGCAUGUCCCUGUAUGCUGCAGAGAUCUUUAACUGCUCUGCUCCAGACACAGGGAACAUGGACCUUCUGGUGCAGUAUGGCACCGAGGAGCAGAAGGCCCGCUGGCUGGUGCCUCUGUUGGAGGGCAGGGCCCGCUCCUGCUUUGCCAUGACGGAGCCCCAGGUUGCUUCGUCAGAUGCCACCAACAUCGAGUCGUCCAUCAGAGAAGAGAAGGACUGCUAUGUCAUAAAUGGUCACAAGUGGUGGAUCUCAGGUAUCCUGGAUCCUCGCUGCCAACUCUGCGUGUUUAUGGGGAAAACAGACCCACAGGCCCCACGCCACCAGCAGCAAUCAGUGCUCCUGGUCCCCAUGGAGACCCCAGGGAUCAAAGUUGUCCGACCACUGACAGUAUAUGGACUGGAGGAUGCACCAGGUGGCCAUGGGGAAGUCCUGUUUGAGGAGGUGCGUGUACCCAAGGAGAACAUGGUCCUGGGCCCAGGCCGUGGCUUCGAGAUCGCCCAAGGCAGGCUGGGCCCCGGAAGGAUCCACCACUGCAUGAGGCUGAUUGGGUUUUCAGAGAGGGCCCUGGCGCUCAUGAAGGCCCGCAUAAAGUCCCGAGUGGCCUUUGGGAAACCCCUGGUUGAGCAAGGCACACUUCUGGCAGACAUUGCUCAGUCUCGGGUAGAAAUCGAGCAGGCCCGGCUGUUGGUGCUCAAAGCUGCCCACCUCAUGGACGUGACCGGAAAUAAGGCUGCAGCCUUGGACAUCGCCAUGAUUAAAAUGGUAGCCCCAUCCAUGGCCUGCCGAGUUAUCGAUCGUGCAAUUCAGGCCUUUGGAGCAGCAGGGCUGAGUGGAGACUACCCACUGGCUCACUUCUUCACCUGGGCCCGGGCGCUGCGCUUUGCUGAUGGUCCCGACGAGGUACACCGGGCUGCUGUGGCCAAGAUGGAGUUGAAGUCCCGCACUUAG